AGCCACUUUGGCUCAAGCCAGUUUGGCUCAAGUUUUGUGUUGACGUUGUCGUCGAAUGUACCUUAUGCUUUGGUGUGCCGCUUUGUUCUGUCUGUUUUCUGAAUGUCUUUGCUCACAUCGGCGUCGGAUGCAGAUGGGCUCAAUGGAAGCUGUGCCGAGCCUUGGGUGCGGCAGCGGAGCCAACCCCAGCACGGACACCUUUUCGAUUAAGACCGUCCCGUCUCCAGAUUUAGAUUUGCCAAACAUCAGCAGAGAGUAUAGUGUAUAUCUGCCUCCAUCAUACUCCCAGUCGUCGCCAUCCCCGUUGGUGAUGGUGUUCCAUGGUUGGGGUGAGCAGGCCUCCACUUAUCACACGAGCUACGGUUUUGACGAUCUCGCAAGAGAGAACGAUUUCAUUGCGGUGUAUCCGCAAGGACUCGACGAUUGUCAAGCAGGUGCUGAUUGCCAGCACAUGCAUUCGUGGAACGGUGGGGGAACAACAAACAAUGACCAGGCCUGUGCGAAGUAUUCCUAUGUAUACACUUACUAUUACUCUUACGCUUAUUAUUACGACUAUUGUUACGAAAGUUGCGCGGCUAAGAGUCACGGUUGCAACCCUUGCGAUUGGACCACUUGUUACGAUGACGUGGCCUUUGUCGGCGAGAUGUUGGAUUAUUUGCAAACAGAAUAUUGCAUAGACCUUCGCAGACAGUACGCGAUCGGGUGUUCGAAUGGCGGAGUUAUGACGUUCGAAUUGGUGAAGAAUUUGCCAGGCCAAUUCGCUGGUAUUGGUUCCGCUUGCGGCGCCCGCCCCCACGCAGGGUGGGACGGAACACUCGGAGAUGGCCCUCCCGUAUCACUAAUCAUGAUUGGUGGGGAUAGAGACAAGGUCAUCCCACUCUAUGAUCCCCCAGGGGUCGGUCCACCGACGGACAAGUGGUGGUGGGAUGGCUAUAUUUGGGCAGGUCUGAGAGAGUCCUCUGCUCACUAUGUCCAAAAGAACGGCUGCGUUGGCACAAUUGCUCGUGAGUUUCCAGUUGGACUUUAUACCGCUAAUGACAUGAGUUGUGUGGAGGACGGGUAUGAUUGCCAGGGCGGUACGAGUGUGGUCAGAUGCGUGUUCUCAGGCGGCCAUGACUUCAACACUGGCACAGGAUCCGAUGAUAUGCUCGACGGUCCGCAGAUAAUGUGGGACUUUCUCAAUGCGCGACCGCUCAUCGGAUACAGUUCGGUGAACAGCGCCAUGCCCACUCCCAGCCCAAGCGCGACCGGCACUAGAGUGAGCAGUUCCACUCGGAGCAGCACAACCGUGACCAGCCGUAUUUCAACCAUGACAUCUAUGAGUGGGACUGUUACGAGCACAACGGCAACCAGCGAAGCGGCGACCAGCACCAUAACCUUAACAAUUACCACGACUCAGAUAGCGCCCACGCCCGUUCCAAGCCCCAGCGUGACCAGCACUACAGUGACCAGCUCCGUUCGGAGCAGCACAAUCGUGGCCAGCACCACUGCAAGCAGUGCCAGUACUACGCAGGCGACUGCCACUACACUGGUUUACAUGGUAGCUGGUUCCCUGUCGUUUGAAAGUUCUGGCACACUGGAUGAAGUGACAAACGUGGUAACUUCCUAUCUGUCGUCUCUUUAUGGUGUUCGUGAUGAUCAACUCUUGGUAUCUGUCGCCUAUGCAUCGGCCCGGUCGGUCUUCAAUUCAUGGGACGUCGGAUUUGAGAUAGUUGCACCUUUUGUUUCGGCCGAGCAAAUCUUGGAUAUGACAAACGAGAUUGUGAAUGAUUGUUCUAGUUUCGCAGCAAAUUUGAAAACACACUUCCAGUCGCAAGGCAUGGAGAUGGUAGAGUCCUCGUUGACUGUCGCACCACCAGACAUGAAUGUAGUUCCUGCAACCGUGACGUCUGCGAGUGUGACUGUUAACAACACAUCGGCAACUAGCGAAGCGGUGACCAGCACCACCACCUGGACCAGCAUCGCGAUUCCGACCACGACCGCGACCGCGAUCUCGACUGCGGCUGCGACUGCGACUGCGACUGCUGCCCCCACGGGCGACCUGAGCUCUGCUGCGAGACGCAGCUCGGCUGCGAAGCCGCUGGCGUGGUGGCUGGCCCUGGCCGCGGCAGGGUUGAUAGGCGCGCGCAUCGGCAAUCGGAUCUGAGAGCCGAUCUCGUUUCUCGGCCACAGCGGCUGACCCAACCCUUCCUGUCAUCCCAGGCGUUCGUUUUUUCCUCGUGCGUCGAUUUCAUUGCAUGGCGUCCAGCCGGUGCAGGCAUGUGUCGUCGUUUGCCCUCCGGUAACCCGGGCGGUAGUUUGUGGCAGCUCGCUUGGCAGCAUCGCUUGGGUGCAGCUUGCGAUGGCUACCCAUCGGAGGACGUCGACGAGGACGAGGACGAGGAGGCCGACGACGGCGACGUCCUCCCGAGUCGCCUCGUUGGCGGCUCCCAGGCCCGGGAGCGGCCUUCGCCGGCAGUGGCGAGCAGCGCCCGGCGCGGCCGGCCGCCCCGGCCUCUCCCGCAGGGCCCCGCAGGGGGGGCCCAUCGGGAGCCUCUCGGCGGGCCGCGCGGGGGGGGGAGGCGCGGCCGGGCCCCCCCUCCCGCCAGGCGAGAGGCCGAGAUGUGGCGCCCGACGUCGCGCGGCCCGGGCUGGGGCGGCCAGUGCUCUGUUUCACCCUCGCGGCCGGGGCCCCUCCAGGCGAGGCCGAGAUGCGGCGCCCGACGUGGCGCGGCCCAGGGC